AAGCCAGCAAAGCAGACCCAUGUUUUCAUUUAUUGAAUUGAACAAGUUUGUAUUUUAUACAAUCACAAAAAACAACGGCAACCCAAAUUGUUUUUAGUAUAUAGUUUCUUUCUUUCUAUAAUCACUUAAAUAUAUAAUUCAUUAUUUUUCUUUCCUUCAUCUAUCAUCUAUCUUCAAUGAAAAGUCAUCAUCAUAAUCUUCUUCAUUCUUCCUUCACUUCUAAUAAUAAUUCCAUCAUCCAACCCUUAAACUCAAAUAAUCAAUUAACAAAAAAAGCUAUGGCAAUAUCACCCCAAACAUUCCCAACAACUAAACGACCACCAUCAGAAACGUCGUCGUUUAUUACUCCAAACCUAACAAAUUUCAAUCUUCUUCACUCUCUUUUACACCUCACAUAUCAAAUAUGUUCAUUAAAUGCAGCACCUUGGUGUCGUUUUCUCUUAAACAAAAUUUCCUCUUCAACAAUCCAUAAAACGCAUCUUUUAGGUGUCGUUUUCGAUGACCUAAUUCGCAAUUCAACUACAAUUACAAUUUCGAAUUCAUUUUCAAUUUCAACUAAUUCUUUCGAUUUGUGUCUUGAAGAAAUGUAUAUUGUGUUGCAUAGGAUUAAGAAAUUGAUUGAAGAUUGUUCUAAUGGAAGUAAGUUUUCAGUUUUGAUGCAAAUUGAAACUGUUGCUGAUAAUUUCAAUAAACUUACCGGUGAAUUAUCGACGCUUCUUGAUGUUUUUCCGAUUCAUGAAAUGAACUUAAACGACGACGUUUUGGAGCUUAUUGUUUUGAUCAGAAAACAGUGUUCAGAAUCGAAGAAGAAUAAGCUUGGAGAAGAACAGAUUAAUCUCAGAAACGACGUCGUUUUUGUGCUGGAAGGAAUCAAGAGAGAGAUUGUUCCGAAUGAAGAAAAGCUAGCUUCGAUUUUCGAGAAAUUAGAGAUUCGUGAUUCUUCAAGUUGCAGAAGUGAAAUUGAGAAUCUGCAAGAAGAAAUUCAGAAUCGAAACGAAGAACAAUCGAAAUCUGAGAUCGUUGCUUUGAUCGGACUCGUUCGUUAUGCGAAGUGUGUUCUCUUCGGAGCAUCAACGCCGUCGUCGAGAAAUGAGACUCUACGGCGGAAUCAGUCGUUGGAGAUUGUUGUUCCGGCGGAUUACCGGUGUCCGAUAAGUCUUGAACUGAUGCGUGAUCCUGUCGUCGUGGCAACAGGACAGACGUACGAUCGUGGCUCUAUCAAAUUAUGGAUGGAUUCUGGACAUAACACGUGUCCUAAAACAGGUCAAACCCUGGCCCACACGGAUUUAAUACCUAACCAUGCUUUGAGAAAUAUGAUAGCUUUGUGGUGUAAAGAACAGAGAAUUCCGUUUGAAGGUGAAACGGUUACUGUUAAAGUUAACGGUUGUGUGAUGAAUAAAACAGCUUUGGAAGCAACGAGAAUGACGGUGACGUUUUUAGUCAACAAGUUGACUAAUGGUGGUUUAGUUUCAGAGUCUUGUGGUAUCGAAGAAACGAAUGCGGUUGUGUAUGAGCUUCGGGUGUUGGCGAAAAUAGAUUCGGAGAGCCGAGCCUGUAUUGCCGAGGCCGGAGCUAUAGAGAUUUUGGUUAGGUUUUUAAGUUAUGAAGUUGGUUUGCAACACCCGAGCCUACAGAUUAAUGCCGUGACAACGAUUUUGAAUCUUUCGAUACUUGAAGCGAAUAAGACAAGGAUAAUGGAAAUUGACGGCGUGUUAAAUGGUGUAGCGGAGGUUUUACGAUCGGGCGCCACGUGGGAGGCGAAAGCAAAUGCGGCUGCUACGGUGUUUAGUUUAACCGGAGUGGUUGCUUUUAGAAAGCGGUUAGGGAGGAAGACACGUGUCGUGAGUGGAUUGGUUGAGUUGGCAAAGUGUGGGCCCGAGGGUGCAAAAAGGGAUGCGCUUGCGGCAAUUUUGAAUUUAGCAGCCGACCGUGAGACGGUGGCGAGGUUGGUUGAGAGUGGCGCGGUGGAAAUGACGGCAGGGAUUAUGGCAGUGAUGCCCGAGGAGGCGGUGACGAUACUUGAAGCAGUGGUGAAGCGUGGAGGAUUGGUAGCUGUUGCGGCGGCUUUUGUGGGGAUAAAGAAAUUGGGGACGGUUUUGAGGGAGGGAUCAGAGAGGGCAAGAGAGAGUGCCGCAGCGACACUUGUGACAAUGUGUAGGAAAGGUGGAUCAGAGAUUGUGGCAGAACUAGCUGGGAUUCAUGGUGUUGAAAGGGUGAUUUGGGAGUUGAUGGCAGUGGGGAGUGUGAGAGGCAGGAGGAAGGCGGCGACAUUGUUAAGGAUUUUACGGCGGUGGGCAGCGGGUUUAGACGGAGGCGAAACAGAAGGAUUUACAUCAACAAACACUUUUGUUAGUACGUCAACUACUGUGGUUGUUCCAACUCCAACUUCAUUAGCACAGUAACACAAUUUAAUUUGUAAAUUUCACAAGUGUUGUGGUACCAUUGUUUUCUUUAUUCUUCAUUUUAGUUAAUUGAUUUUACCAUCCUUGUAAAAUGUAAUAUAGGGAGCAAUGUUUUUUAUUUCAUUUAAUGAAAAAUAUAUAAUGACAUUCUUUCAUUU